AUGAAAAUCUUAGUCCUUCAAGUUUUGGGAUUUUUGUUCUUCAAUGUCCUGCUCACUUGCCACGUAUUGAGGCAUCACAAGUUCGUGGUGAGAGAUGCUCCAUACACAAAACUAUGCAGCACAAAAAACAUCUUAACCGUUAAUGAUCAGUUUCCUGGGCCAACCCUAUAUGUCACUAAAGGAGAAACCAUUAUUGUUGAUGUCCAUAAUAGAGCUAACUACAACAUCACCAUCCACUGGCACGGAGUGAAUCUACCAAGAUAUCCGUGGUCAGAUGGCCCUGAAUAUGUGACACAAUGUCCAAUUCGACCCGGUAGAAUGUUUAGUCAGAAGGUCAUAUUUUCCGAAGAGGAAGGCACAUUGUGGUGGCAUGCUCACAGUGAUUGGUCUCGUGUCACCGUUCAUGGGGCUAUUGUGGUCCAACCCAAACCUGGAACUACUUAUCCAUUUCUUAAACCUCACAAAGAGGUCACCAUUAUAUUAGGUGAAUGGUGGAAGAAAGAUGUUGCUGACGUUUACACUGAUUUUCGUAGAACUGGAGGAGAUCCCAUUGUUUCUGAUGCUUACACAAUUAAUGGCCAACCUGGUGAUCUAUAUCCUUGCUCGAAUAAUGCCUUCAAGCUUAGGGUUGACUAUGGCAAAACAUAUCUUCUCAGGAUGGUAAAUGCUGCAGUUCAAGACAUGUUGUUCUUUGCAAUUGCCAAACAUCAACUCACAGUGGUUGGAACUGAUGGUAGCUAUGUAAAGCCACUAAAGGUAUAUUACAUCACAAUAUCUCCUGGACAAACAAUGGAUGUGUUACUCAAAGCAAACCAACCAUUGAAUCAUUAUUACAUGGCUGCUAAAGUAUAUUCCAGUGCAUUUCGGGUUCCAUUUGAUAAUACCACAACCACUGCUAUAGUACAAUACACGGGAAAGUACAUUCCAAACUCAAGCUCCCCUUCUUCGCCCUUACUUCCACACUCAAGUGAUACCAAUGCCUCUGUAAACCUCAUAAGUGAACUGAAAAGUUUAGCUGACGAAGAACACCCAAUUGAUGUUCCCUUACACAUAACCACAAACUUGUUCUUCACAGUGUCAGUUAACACAUUACCAUGUGAUGAUAAAAGGCCUUACAUGGGCCCAAAUGGUAACCGCCUCUCAGCUAGUAUGAACAAUGUGAGCUUUGAACGGCCAGCGAGCAGCAACAUUUUGCAGGCUUACUACAACAACAUUAGUGGUGUGUUUGGGGAAAAUUUCCCUAAUGUAACACCCUUGAAUUUUGAUUUUACAACUAGUAAUCUUCCUGCAAUUCUGAAUACUCCAUCAGUGGCUACAAAGUCGAAUGUGCUUGAGUAUGACUCAACAGUGGAGAUUGUUCUCCAAGGGACUAACUUAUUGGCAGGACCAGAACAUCCUAUGCACCUGCAUGGAAUGAGUUUCUAUGUGGUUGGAUGGGGAUUUGGGAACUUCGACAGGAAGAAAGAUUCAUUGAAGUAUAAUCUUGUUGACCCUCCCUAUCAGAAUACAAUAGCUAUACCCAAAAACGGUUGGAUAACCAUAAGAUUCAGGGCUAAGAACCCAGGUGUAUGGUUCAUGCAUUGCCAUUUAGAGCGUCAUUUUUCUUGGGGCAUGGCUAUGACUUUCAUUGUGAAGAAUGGUAACAACCCUGAAGAAAAGAUGCUACCACCACCCCUAGAUAUGCCACAAUGUUAGUCAAUGUUAAUCAAUUCAAUCAACAACCAAUUUGUUGUAAUAUAUAAAGUAUUCAAUUUUCUUGAUUACAUUGUAUUUUUUAUUAUAUUGAUUUUUUGUAUUUCACUACGUUAAAUUGUGUUACAAAAAUAAAAUAUGAAAGUGGGGUA